CCCUCCAGCUGCGCCAUGGGGCCCUGGCUCCUGCUGUUGCUCCUGCUGCUGGUGCAGGGGGCGCCUCCCCCCCCGGGCACAGGGCUCCUGGCCCCCCACCCCCGCCAGGCCCCCGCCAACGCCACCGUCUUCUCCCACAUCUACAGUAUCCGCCGUGGGGCGGCUGAGGGGGCCAGGGGGGCAGGGCCCGAGUCCCCACAGGAGGUGCUGGCCCCCCCAAGCCAGCAGCAGCCCCCCCGGCUCUACGAGCACACGCUGGAGGGGGACGAGAAGGUGGUCUUCACCCACCGCAUCAACCUGCCCCCCCCGGCCUGCGACUGCGAGGGGGGGGGCGACGGCGGGGCCCUGCGGGAGGCACUGAGCCGGCUGCAGGCCCUAGAGACCCAGGUCCAGGCCCUGCAGGAGCAGUGUGGGGCCAAGGGCUGCUGCCCCUCCUCCGCCACCGCCCAGGCCGGCACAGGCCAGACGGACACCCAGAGCCUCUGCAGCCGGCACGGCACCUUCAACCUGGCCACCUGCGGCUGCGUGUGCCAGCCGGGCUGGGGCGGCCCCACCUGCGCGGAGCCGCAGUGCCCGGGGGGCUGCGGGGGCCGGGGCGAGUGCGUGGCCGGGCGCUGCGUCUGCCCCUCCGGCUUUGCCGGCGCCCGCUGCGAGACGCCCGUCUGCGCCGACGACUGCAACGACCAGGGCCGCUGCGAGGGCGGGCGCUGCGUCUGCUUCCCCGGCUACUCGGGGCCGGCCUGCGAGAUGCCCGACUGCCCCGGCGACUGCCACGGGCACGGGCGCUGCCAGGACGGGCGCUGCGUCUGCAGACCCGGCUAUGCCGGCCCAGACUGCAGCACCCGGGGCUGCCCCGGCGACUGCAGCGGGCGUGGGCGCUGCCUGAAGAACGGGGCUUGCGCCUGCCGCCGCGGCUACGCCGGGCCCGACUGCAGCCAGCCCGCCUGCCCCGGGGACUGCGGGGGGCACGGGGAGUGCCGGCUCGGGGAGUGCCACUGCCAGGAGGGCUACGCUGGCGAGGACUGCACCAUGGAGAUCCCGGCCGUGACGCUACGUGUGGGGCACCGGGACGAGGGCUCCUUCCGCCUGCAAUGGACUCGCCCCAAGAUCCAUGUGGAUGGAUAUGAAAUUCACCUCGUUCCCACGGGGGACCCCGAGGGCGCCGAGUCCCUGCAGCUGCCUGGCUCGGCCACGUCCUUCGAGCGCUCGGGGCUGGACCCAGGCCAGGAGUUCAGCGUCACCGUCCGAGCCCAGCGGGACCAGCGCCUCGGGCCCCCCGCCACCCAGAGCGUCCGCACCCGGAUUGAUGCGCCCCGCGACCUGCGCCCCACGGGGGCCACGGCCACCUCGCUGAGCCUGCGCUGGGAGCCCCCGGCCGCCGGGCCCGACAGAUACACCCUGCGCUAUGGCCCGGCGGGGCGGGACAGCACCGAGCCCCCCACCCGCCUGGUCCUGCCCCCCGACCGCACCACCCUCACCCUGACCGGCCUCCGCAGCACCACCCUGUACACCCUCACCCUGACUGCCCACCGCGGCCCAGAGCAGAGCCCUCCCGCCAGCGCCAGCGCCAGCACCGCACCGAUGCCCACCCUGCCCCUGCCUGGCCGGCCGCACCCAGAGCCCACGCGCCCCCCAGUGCCCCGUCUCCGGCCGCCUGGCCCCGUGGGGAAGCCGGGCCCCCGGCCCACCCCAGCCAACGCCUCCUCGGUCCCCAGCCAGCUCUUCUUCCGGACCAUGACGCAGAACCUCACGGCCAAGCUGUCCCGGUACAACGGGACCCUGCUUCAGCGCCUGGAGAGCUACCUCCGCGCCACACGCUACCCGCUCCGCGGCAACCAAACCAUCGCCACCGUGGCCAAGGUCAUCUACCACUACCUGGUGCAGAGGAAGUCCCUGGAGGAACAGGAGAUGGUCUACGUGGGGCUGGGCCAGCAUUCGAAGGAGCUCGGGGCCAUGGCACCCACUCCAGGGUACCCCAUGGAGCAGCCCACAGGGCCCCCUGGCCAAUUCCAGAAAGUUGGGGAGGUGGGCAGCAUAUUCUCAGAGGGCUCCCCCGGCUUGGACACAGGGCCCAGGGGCCACGCCAAGCCGGUGGUGGUGGCCCGCUCCCCUGGCGCCAUUGUGGUCUCGCUGGAGGGCAUGCGUGGCCACGCGGAGCGCAUGGUGGUCCGCUACUGGCGGGUGGGCGACGGAGGAGGAGUGGGGGAGCUGGCGGUUCCCGGUGACGCCAGGGCGAUUCGCCUCCACGGCCUGAUGCCCGGCACCACCUACCAGGUGGAGAUCCACGGCCUGGUCCAGGGGCGGCUGUCCAAGUCUUACUCCUUUGUCACCUCCACAGCUCCAGAGGCAUCCGGCACCGAGCAGCCCCCAGAGACCCCCAUGUCCAGCCUCUCCCGCCCUGGGCCACCUCCAGGGGACCUGGCCGUGACAGACGUCUCCCCCGACCGGUUCCGCGUCACCUGGACGGCCACGACUGGCCCCUUCCAGCACUUCUUGCUGCGGUACCGGGAGCCCGGCUCUGUGGUGCCCCCCGGGCAGACCCAGGUGCCUGGGGGAAAGAGGAGUGUGAUCGUCACCCAGCUGAGCCCCGGCACCGAGUACGAGGUGGAGCUGCGGGGGGUGGCACCUGACGGGACCAUCUCAGAGCCCAUCACCACCAGCGUGUGGACAGCACCCCUUGGCAGGGGCCCCGGGCCAAACGAGUUGGGGGUCCUGGGGGUCCGGAACGUGACCAGUGAUGGGUUUGGGCUGCAGUGGAGGGCGCGGAAGGGCCUGUUCCAGUCCUUCCUGCUGCGCUAUGAAGAUGCGUCCGGGCGCAUGGGGCCCUGGGAGGCCGAGGUGCCGGCAGACCAGCGGGCGACCCGCGUCGGGGGGUUGCAGCCUGGCGCCGAGUACAAUGUCACGCUGUAUGGGGUGCACCGUGGCCAGCUCUCACCACCGCUCCGAGCCAGAGUCUGGACAGCACCAGCAGAACCUGCCCCCCAGCUCAGCCUGGGAGAGCUCUCGGCCUCUGACGUCACCCACGACUCCACCCUGCUCUCCUGGACUGUCCAGGCCGGGGACUUCGACUCCUUCCUCCUCCAGUACAAGGAUGCGGAGGGCAAACCCCAGGCGCUGCCCGUGGACGGGGGAUCCCGCACGGUCACCGUCGCCAACCUGGCCCCUUCCCGCCGAUACAAGUUCAACCUCUACGGCAUCUCUGGCCGCAAGCGCCUCGGCCCCGUCUCCACUGACACUGUCACAGCCGCGGCGCCGAGGGAGGAGGAACCCACCCCCCAGCCCAGCCUGGGGGAGCUCUCGGCCUCCAACGUCACCCACGACUCCGCCCUGCUCUCCUGGACCGUCCAGGCCGGGGACUUCGACUCUUUCCUCCUCCAGUACAAGGACACGCAAGGCAACCCCCAGGCGCUGCCCGUGGAUGGGGGAUCCCGCACUGUCACCGUCGCCAAACUGGCCCCCUCCCGCAGAUACAAGUUCAACCUUUAUGGCAUCUCUGGCCGCAAGCGUCUCGGCCCCGUCUCCACCAACACCGUCACAGCCGCGGCGCCGAGGGAGGAGGAACCCACCCCCCAGCCCAGCCUGGGGGAGCUCUCGGCCUCCAACAUCACCCACGACUCUGCCCUGCUCUCCUGGACCGUCCAGGCCGGGGACUUCGACUCUUUCCUCCUCCAGUACAAGGACGCGGAGGGCAACCCCCAGGCGCUGCCCAUGGAUGGGGGAUCUCGCACCGUCACCGUCGCCAACCUGGCCCCUUCUCACAGAUACAAGUUCAACCUCUACGGCAUCUCUGGCCGCAAGCGCCUCGGCCCCGUCUCCACCGACACCGUCACAGCUGCAGCGCCGAGGGAGGAGGAACCCGUCCCCCAACCCAACCUGGGGGAGCUCUCGGCCUCCGAUGUCACCCACAACUCCAUCCUGCUCUCCUGGACCGUCCAGGCCGGGGACUUCGACUCCUUCCUCCUCCAGUACAAGGACGCGGAGGGCAACCCCCAGGCACUGCCCGUGGACGGGGGAUCCCGCACAGUCACUGUUGCUAACCUGGCACCUACCCGCAGAUACAAGUUCAACCUCUACGGCAUCUCCGGCCGCAAGCGCCUCGGCCCCGUCUCCACCAACGCUGUCACAGCCGUGGCACCACGGGAGGAGGAACCCGCCCCCCAGCCCAGCCUGGGGGAGCUCUCGGCCUCUGACGUCACCCACGACUCCGCCCUGCUCUCCUGGACCGUCCAGGCCGGGACCUUCGACUCCUUCCUUCUCCAGUACAAGGACACAGAGGGCAAACCCCAGGCACUGCCUGUAGAUGGGGGAUCCCUCACGGUCACCAUCACCAACCUGGUCCCUUCCCACAGAUAUAAGUUCCACCUCUACGGCAUCUCUGGCCACAAGCACCUUGGCCCCAUCUCCACCGACGCCGUCACAGCCACGGCGCCGAGGGUGGAGGAACCCGCCCCCCAACCCAGCCUGGGGGAGCUCUCGGCCUCCGAUGUCACCCACGACUCCAUCCCGCUCUCCUGGACUGUGGAGGAAGGCACCUUCGACUCCUUCCUCCUCCAGUACAAGGAUGCGGAGGGCAACCCCCAGGCGCUGCCCGUGGAUGGGGGAUCUCGCACGGUUACCGUCGGCAACUUGGCCCCCUCCCGCAGAUACAAGUUCAACCUCUACGGCAUCUCUGGCCGCAAGCGCCUCGGCCCCGUCUCCACCGACGCCGUCACAGCCGUGGCUCCGCGGGAGGAGGAACCCGCCCCCCAGCCCAGCCUGGGGGAGCUCUCGGCCUCUGAUGUCACCCAUGACUCCGCCCUGCUCUCCUGGACCGUCCAGGCUGGGGACUUCGACUCCUUCCUCCUCCAGUACAAGGACGCGAAGGGAAAACCCCAGGCACUGCCCAUGGACAGGGGAUCCCGCACGGUCACUGUCACAAACCUGGCCCCCUCCCGCCGAUACAAGUUCAACCUCUACGGCACCUCCGGCCGCAAGCGCCUUGGCCCCGUCUCCACUGACGCCGUCACAGCCGCAGCACCGCGGAAGGAGGAACCUGCCCCCCAGCCCAGCCUGAGGGAGCUCUCAGCCUCCAAUGUCACCCACGACUCCAUCCUGCUCUCCUGGACCGUCCAGGCUGGGGACUUUGACUCCUUCCUCCUCCAGUACAAGGACGCGGAGGGCAAACCCCAGGCGCUGCCUGUGGACGGGGCAUCCCGCACGGUCACUGUCACCAACCUGGCCCCCUCCUGCAGAUACAAGUUCAACCUCUACGGCGUCUCCGGCCACAAGCGCCUCGGCCCCGUCUCCACCGACGCCAUCACAGCUGCGGCGCCGAGGGAGGAGGAACCCACCCCCCAGCCCAGCCUGGGGGAGCUCUCGGCCUCCAACGUCACCCACAACUCCGCCCUGCUCUCCUGGACCGUCCAGGCCGGGGACUUCGACUCUUUUCUCCUCCAGUACAAGGACGCGGAGGGCAACCCCCAGGCGCUGCCCGUGGACGGGGGAUCCCGCACGGUCACCAUCACCAACCUGGUCCCCUCCCGCAGAUACAAGUUCAACCUCUACGGCAUCUCCGGCCGCAAGCGCCUCGGCCCCGUUUCCACCGACACCGUAACAGCCGUGGUGCCGCGGGAGGAGGGUGUCGGGACGCAGCUCCGCCUGGGGGUGCUCUCGGUGGCCAACGCAGCCCACAACUCCCUCGACCUCUCCUGGACCGUGGAGGGGACCUUCGACUCCUUCAUCCUCCAGUACCGGGACGCAGAGGGCAACCCCCGGGCGCUGCCCGUGGACGGUGCCCUGCACUCCCUCCACCUCCAUGACCUGGCCCCCUCCCACCGAUACAAGUUCAACCUCUAUGGCGUCUCCGGCCGCAAGCGCCUCGGCCCCGUCUCCACCAAUGCCAUCACAGCCGCGGUGCCGCGGGAGGAGGAUCCCGCCCUCCAGCCCAACCUGGGGGAGCUCUCAGCCUCCAACAUCACCCAUGACUCUGCCCUGCUCUCCUGGACCGUCCAGGCCGGGACCUUUGACUCCUUCCUCCUUCAGUACAAGGACGCGGAGGGCAACCCCCAGGUGCUGCCCGUGGAUGGGGGAUCCCGCAUGGUCACCGUCGCCAACCUGGCCCCUUCCCACCGAUACAAGUUCAACUUCUACGGCGUCUCUGGUCACAAGCGCCUCGGCCCUGUCUCCACCGACGCCGUCACAGAUGCGGUGCCGCGGGAGGAGGUACCCGCCCUCCAGCCCAGCCUGGGGGAGCUCUCAGCAUCCAACGUCACCUAUAACUCUGCCCUGCUCUCCUGGACCGUCCAGGCUGGGGACUUCGACUCCUUCCUUCUCCAAUACAAGGACGCAAAGGGCAAACCCCAGGCACUGCCCGUGGAUGGGGGAUCCCGCACGGUCACCGUCACCAACUUGACCCCCUCCCGCCGAUACAAGUUCAACCUCUACGGCAUCUCUGGCCGCAAGCGCCUUGGCCCCGUCUCCACCGACGCUGUCACAGCUGCGGUGCCGCGGGAGGAGGAACCCGCCCCCCAGCCCAACCUGGGGGAGCUCUCGGCCUCCAAUGUCACCCAUGACUCCAUCCCACUCUCCUGGACCGUGGAGGAAGGCACCUUCGACUCCUUCCUCCUCCAGUACAAGGACGCGGAGGGCAAACCGCAGGCACUACCCAUGGACGGGGCAUCCCGCACAGUCACCGUCGCCAACCUGGCCCCCUCCCGCCGAUACAAGUUCAACCUCUACGGCAUCUCCGGCCGCAAGCGCCUCGGCCCCGUCUCCACCGACGCCGUCACAGCCGUGGCACCAAGGGAGGAGGAACCCACCCCCCAGCCCAGCCUGGGGGAGCUCUCGGCCUCCAGCGUGACCCACGACUCCGCCCUGCUCUCCUGGACCAUCCAGGCCGGGGACUUCGACUCCUUCCUCCUCCAGUACAAGGAUGCGGAGGGCAAACCCCAGGCGCUGCCCAUGGACGGGGGAUCCCGCACGGUCACCGUCGCCAACCUGGCCCCCUCCCGCCGAUACAAGUUCAACCUCUACGGCAUCUCCGGCCGCAAGCGCCUCGGCCCCGUCUCCACUGACACUGUCACAGCCGUGGCUCCGAGGGAGGAAGAACCCGCCCCCCAGCCCAGCCUGGGGGAGCUCUCGGCCUCUGACGUCACCCACGACUCCGCCCUGCUCUCCUGGACCGUCCAGGCUGGGACCUUCGACUCCUUCCUCCUCCAGUACAAGGACGCGGAGGGCAACCCCCAGGCGCUGCCCGUGGACGGGGGAUCCCGCACAGUCACCAUCACCAACCUGGUCCCCUCCCGCAGAUACAAGUUCAACCUCUACGGCAUCUCCGGCCACAAGCGCCUCGGCCCCGUCUCCACCGACACCGUCACAGCUGCGGGGCCACGGGAGGAGGAACCCACCCCCCAGCCCAGCCUGGGAGAGCUCUCGGCCUCCAACAUCACCCACAACUCCGCCCUGCUCUCCUGGACUGUGGAGGGGACCUUUGACUCCUUCCUCCUCCAGUACAAGGACGUGGAGGGCAAACCCCAGGCGCUGCCCAUGGACGGGGGAUCCCGCACGGUCACCAUCACCAACCUGGUCCCCUCCCGCAGAUACAAGUUCAAGCUCUACGGUGUCUCCGCUCGCAAGCGCCUCGGCCCCGUCUCCACCGACGCUGUCACAGCGCCAGGGAAAGAGGAACCUGCCUCCCGGCCCAGCCUGGGGGAGCUCUCGGCCUCCGACAUCACCCACGACUCCAUCCUGCUCUCCUGGACCGUGGAGGGGACCUUUGCCUCCUUCCUCCUCCAGUACAAGGAUGCGGAGGGCAAACCCCACGCGCUGCCCGUGGAUGGGGGAUCUCGCACGGUCACCGUCACCAACCUGGCCCCCUCCCGCAGAUACAAGUUCAACCUCUACGGCAUCUCCGGACGCAAGCGCCUCGGCCCCGUCUCCACCGACGCCGUCACAGCCGUGGCACCAAGGGAGGAGGAACCCACCCCCCAGCCCAACCUGGGGGAGCUCUCAGCCUCCGACGUCACCCACGACUCUAUCCCGCUCUCCUGGACCGUGGAGGGGACCUUCGACUCCUUCCUCAUCCAAUACAAGGAUGCAGAGGGCAAACCCCAGGCGCUGCCCGUGGACGGGGGAUCCCGCACGGUCACCGUCACCAACCUGGCCCCUUCCCGCCGAUACAAGUUCAACCUCUACGGCGUCUCCGGCCGCAAGCGCCUUGGCCCCGUCUCCACCGACGCCGUCACAGCCGCGGCGCUGAGGGAGGAGGAACCUGCCCCCCAGCCCAGCCUGGGGGAGCUCUCAGCCUCCAACGUCACCCACGACUCUGCCCUGCUCUCCUGGACCAUCCAGGCCGGGGACUUCGACUCCUUCCUCCUCCAGUACAAGGACAUGGAGGGCAACCCCCAGGCGCUGCCCGUGGAUGGGGGAUCCCGCACGGUCACCAUCACCAACCUGGUCCCCUCCCGCAGAUACAAGUUCAACCUCUACGGUGUCUCUGGCCGCAAGCGCCUCGGCCCCGUCUCCACUGACACCGUCACAGCCAUGGCGCCGCGGGAGAAGGAACCCACCCCCCAGCCCAGCCUGGGGGAGCUCACGGCCUCCAACGUCACCCACGACUCCGCCCUGCUCUCCUGGACCGUCCAGGCCGGAGACUUGGACUCAUUCCUCCUCCAGUACAAGGACACAGAGGGCAAACCCCAGGUGCUGCCCGUGGACGGGGCAUCCCGCACGGUCACUGUCACUAAUCUGGCCCCCUCCCGCAGAUACAAGUUCAACCUCUACGGCAUCUCCGGCCGCAAGCGCCUCGGCCCCGUCUCCACCGACGCCGUCACAGCCACGGCACCGCAGGAGGAGGGAGCUGGGACACAGCGACGCCUGGGGGAGCUCUCAGCCUCUGGCGUCACCCACGACUCCGCCCUGCUCUCCUGGACCGUCCAGGCCGGGGACUUCGAUUCCUUCCUCCUCCAGUACAAGGAUGCGGAGGGCAAAGCCCAGGCGCUUCCCGUGGAUGGGAGAUCCCGCACGGUCACCGUUGCCAACCUGGCCCCUUCCCGCCGAUACAAGUUCAACCUCUACGGCAUCUCCGGCCGCAUGCGCCUCGGCCCCGUCUCCACCGACGCCGUCACAGCCGCGGUGCCGAGGGAGGAGGAACCUGCCCCCCAGCCCAGCCUGGGGGAGCUCUUGGCCUCCGACAUCACCCACGACUCCGCCCUGCUCUCCUGGACCGUCCAGGCCGGGACCUUCGACUCCUUCCUCCUCCAGUACAAGGAUGCAGAGGGCAAACCCCAGGUGCUUCCCGUGGACGGGGGAUCCCGCACAGUCACCGUCGCCAACCUGGCCCCUUCCCGCCGAUACAAGUUCAACCUCUACGGCAUCUCCGGCCGCAAGCGCCUCGGCCCCGUCUCCACCGACACCGUCACAGUGCCGCGGGAGGAGGGAGCCAGGAUACGGCUCCACCUGGGGCAGCUCUCGGCCUCUGACGUCACCCAUGACUCCCUCGAUCUGUCCUGGACUGUGGAGGAGGGAACCUUCGACUCCUUCAUCCUCCAGUACCGGGACGCAGACGGCAACCCCCAGGCGCUGCCCGUCGACGGGGGAUCCCGCACAGUCACCAUCGCCAACCUGGCCCCCUCCCGAAGAUACAAGUUCAACCUCUACGGCAUCUCCGGCCGCAAGCGCCUCGGCCCCAUCUCCACCAAUGCCGUCACAGGCCGGCAGGAGGAGGAAGACGAGGAGGAGGACGAAGGUGCCACGCAGCCCAAGCUGGGAGAGCUCUCGACCUCCGAGGUCACCAAAGACUCCGUCCGCCUCUCCUGGACCGUCCAGGCUGGGGCCUUCGACUCCUUCCUCCUCCAGUACCGGGACGCGGAGGGCAACCCCCAGGUGCAGCCCGCGGACGGGGCAUCCCGCACGCUCGUCGUGUCCGACCUGCUCCCCUCCCGCAAGUACAAGUUCAACCUCUACGGCGUCUCUGGCCCCAAGCGCCUCGGGCCCGUCUCCACCGACGCCGUCACAGCCUUCCCGGAAGCCUCCAGUGUGACGGCCGCCUGGCUGGACCAGCUGCUCAUCUCCGAGGUGACCCCGACCUCGCUGCGGCUGAGCUGGGACGCGCCCGAGGGCAACUUUGACACCUUCCUCAUCCGGUACCGGGACGCGGGCCGGGGGUCCGGGCUGGGGCCGGCGCCCGCCCAGGAGGUGCCAGUGCCAGGGGCCCAGCGCUCGGCCGUGCUGCAUGGGCUGCGGCCCGGCACCGAAUACAGCCUGGCAGUGUACGGCCUGCAGCAGGGCGAGGAGACGGCCAACAUCCGCGGGGCCGCACAAACCAGCAGCCUCGAGCUGGAGAGCCCCCGGGACCUGCGCUUCAACGACGUCCGUGAAACCUCGGUGGGGGUGACCUGGGGGGCCCCAUCCACCCACGUUGACCACUACAAGGUGUCCUUCCAGCUGAGCGACGGGGGGGAGCCGCAGAGCGUGAUGGUCGAGGGCACCCGGCUGCCGACGACGCUCGAGGGGCUGAUCCCCGGGGCCAGCUACGAGGUCAGCGUCAUGGCCAUCCGGGGCUUCGAGGAGAGCGAGCCACUGGUGGGCUACGUCACCACGGUCCCCGACGGCCCCUCGGACCUGCGAGCCGUCAACAUCACCAACACCUCGGCCCUGCUGCACUGGCGCCCGCCCCGGGCCCCUGUCCACAGCUACGAGCUGAGCUACGGGCCCCCCGAAGGCCCCUCGGUGACGGUGCGGCUCCCCGGGACCCAGGCCCAGCACCCCCUGUCCGGGCUGCAGCUGGACACCGAGUAUCUGGUCAGCAUCCAUGGGGUGACGGGGGGCAACCGCAGCUCCCCCACCCACGCCACCUUCACCACCGGGCUGGAUGCCCCCCGGGACCUGCAAGCCACUGACGUGACCCCCCGCAGCGCCCGGCUCUCCUGGACCCCUCCACGCGUCCCCCCCGCUGGCUACCUGCUCAGCUACGAGACGCCCUCCGGCCAAACGCAGGAGAUCCCCUUGGGCUCAGAUGCUGCCUCCUACCAGCUGAGCAACCUAACCCCGUCGAGCCGCUACCAGGUCCGGGUGCAGGCGAUCCGGGGGGGCCUCCCCAGCACCCCCAUUGCCACCUCCUUCAACACCGUCUGGCUGACCUACCCCUUCCCCCGGGACUGCGUGGAGGAGCAGCUGAACGGGCCCGGCCCCUCCCGCGAGGUGACCAUCUACCUGGGGGGCGACAGGCAGCGCCCCCUGCAGGUGUACUGCGACAUGGAGACCGACGGGGGCGGCUGGCUGGUGUUCCAGCGCCGCAUGAACGGCGAGACGGAUUUCUGGCGAGACUGGCAGGACUACGCCCGGGGCUUCGGGAACCUGUCCCGGGAGUUCUGGCUGGGUAACGACGCGCUGCACCAGCUGACGGCUGCGGCGGAGCAGGAGCUGUGGGUGGAUCUUCGGGCCGGCACCGAGGCUGCCUACGCCCGGUACCAGCGGUUCCGGGUCGACCCCCCCAGCGAGCACUACCGCCUCCACCUGGACGGCUACCGCGGCACGGCCGGUGAUGCGCUGAGCUACCACUCGGGCAGCGUCUUCUCCACCCGGGACCGGGACCCCAACCGGCUGCUGAUCCCCUGUGCAGUGUCCUACCGCGGGGCCUGGUGGUACCGCAACUGCCACUACGCCAACCUCAACGGGCUCUACAGCAGCCGCCAGGACCACCAGGGCGUGAACUGGUUUAACUGGAAAGGCUUCGAGUUCUCCAUCCCCUUCACCGAGAUGAAGCUGCGGCCACGGCGGGGCUGAGCUGGACGGACGGACAGACAGACGCGAGAGGGAGGGAGGGAGGGAGAGCGAGCGAGCGAGCGAGACCGCAGCACUGCCGGGAGCCACCAGGGGGAGCCGGGGCAUCACGAGGAGACCCCCCCAUGAGGCCCUUCCACCCCCCAUGAGACCCCCCUCCCCCACAGAGCCCCCAAUGCUUAAUUCCCUCCCCUCACCUAGCCCCUCCUACACACCCCGGGGGGGUCCCUGCUUCCCACAGUGAAGGUGGGGGGUCUGUGCAGCAGGCCCAGCCCCAAGGGGCCACCCCAAUCCAGCCUGGUGGGGGGGCAGGGCAGAUGGAACCCAGGAGUCCUAACCCCCAGCUCCUCUGGGGCUCCCAUCACCUCCCCACUUAGAAGCGGGGGCCUGUGGGGAGACAAGGGAGCAAGCA